AUGGACCCGCUCGACAUCAUCCUUGCCACGUACUGCCUACCAGUCAAGUUGGCGGGCAAAGAAGCUCGACGGCAACUCGCCCUCGACUGCCAGCAAUUCGUGGUCAACAACCCUGGCGUGCUCGGGGGUUUCAACAGGAUAGAUCAAUUAGCCUGGAAGUUCAUGGUCGGCGGCGGUGGCGCGGCUCACUUCACCGGAACGGCCUGCCCGUGGGACGAUUACGACAGCCAGUACACGAUCCUGAACUGCGUCCGGGCCAUCAUGGCGCUGUACAACGACGGCGGGGUCUUCUCCCAAAGCCCUCCCGCGGAUAUAAUAGGGGACGUGGACAGGGCCGCCCAGCAGUAUGGAGCGUCUCCUUUCCCGAAAUAUGCGCCAAAGCUACCAAAGCGAGUUGAGGCAAUCGAUUUGGGGGGAUUACCUCGCUCCAGGACAGCAUUUGAAGAAGACUACUCGCUACCCCGCGUCAACACGUCGAGAAAGAAGACGGACCUCCCACCCCCGCCGAAUGGGUACAAAGCUCCCAACACAGCCUCUCAGGCAGUACCGUAUCCACACGCGCGGGGGCUGCCAUUCCGGGUCUCUGCCCGCCUUCUUCGACAGACGGCCCAGAGAAGGGUCGCCAGCGUGGAAGCCUCUGGAUCAGGCUCAGAAAACGCCGAAGCCGAGGCACCGGCGGUCAAGACAGAGGUUGUUACACAGGGGCCGAGCAAACGAAAGGCGGCCAGAGAAGCGGCCAAGCAGGGAGCGAACAAGAAAUUGGUCAGAUUACCAGACGUCGAGUUUGGGAUUGGAACAAGGACCGGCAGAUACGGAAGAAGAAGCAGCAGCAGAAGCAGCGGAAUCAACAGCUGGGGCACCUGGGACAGCUGUUCGGUCAAUUCGCCCUCUUCCACAGAUUGA